ACUAGUACUACUGUGUGAAGGCCGGCAUGUGGUACAUUAUUUCCUGUGUGUGUAUGACUUAUUCAGAGGGAGAACAGCGCACUUUCACGUAUGGUGUCUCCCAUUAAGGAUUGCAGGAAUGAGUUUUAGGAUAUUUUUGUAUGAAUAAGGUGGAUUGGACGUUGGCCUGGGAAGGCAUUCCCCUGAAGGCUUACUUCAUGUGUCAUUUGGAAGUUCACUGACAGCUCUGAGGGGAAACUGAUGAGAUUAUGUCGAAGAAGAACCUCUACCUCAUUAGCAGAAGGAGGAACCACAGUCCCCCAACAUACAUGAGGACGAAGAGGUACCACAUUCCCAACACAUUAAAGAGGGAGGAGAGGAGGCACAGCCCUCCGACAAAGAGGAAGAAGAGAAGCCACAGACCCAUAAUGAUAAACUGACCCUUCACAUUAAAGGGCAAGUGAAGGACCCACUUAUCUUACACAUCAAGAAUGGAGAGGAGGACCCAUGGACCCCUCACUUUAAGGAGCAAGAGAACCCGUUGACCCCUAGCAUUAAAAAGGAAGAGGAGACUGGUGUCCCUGUGAUGAGUGAAGACGAUGAGGUCAAAGGUGAAAGUGCGGAGAAAAGAGAGGCGGAGCCUCCAAAUAGCCACUCAAUGCAACACAACAGACAUGACAUGACAACAGAAGCUGAUGGAGACCACUGUGGAGGAUCACAAGCAGACAAGCUCUUAGCUCCACUAUCAGAUAGUGAGGACACAACGUCACACUCUCCUGACACUGAUGAUGAAGACUCUAAAGAUGAUAAGACAUGUCACACUGACAACACUCACUUCAAGUGUUCUCACUGUGACAAGACUUUUAAAUACCAUUGUCAUCUGAAAGUACACAUGAGAACACACACUGGAGAAAAACAUUUUAUCUGCUCAAAAUGUGACAAAGGUUUUGGACAACAUCAAAAUUUGAAAUCACAUAUGAGAAUACACACUGGUGAAAAACCUUUUGUCUGUUCAAUAUGUAGUAAAGGUUUUACACAAAGUCAGAGUUUGAAAAAACACAUGAGUACACACACUGGAGAAAAAUCUUUUAUAUGUUUGAUCUGUAGUAAAGGUUUUGUCGAAAGUUGCAAUUUUAAAGUACACAUGAGAACACACACUGGUGAAAAACCUUUUUCCUGUUCAACAUGUGGUAAAGGUUUUACAGAUAUUCAGAAUUUGAUAAGACACGAGAGAACACACACUGGUGAAAAACGUUGUUCUUGUUCAAUCCGUGGCUUAUCUCUUACAAGGAAGGAACAUUUGAAAGUACACAUGAGAGCACACACUGGUGGAAAACCUUUUUCUUGUUCAAUCUGUGGUAAUAGUUUUAUAGAAAGUCAGAGUUUGAAAAGACAGAAGAGAACACAUACUGGUGAAAAAUCACAUUCCUGUCCAAUCUGCAACAAAAGCUUUUGUGAACGAUCAAACCUUGUAGUAGACAUGAGAACACACCCAGGAGAGAAAGUAUUGAGUUGCAGUGUGUGUGGUGAAAGGUUCUCUUAUAAGUACCAGUGUGAGAAACACAAGUGUGCUGGUGAGAACAGCAGCAGCAAAUGAAACUGCAGGAUUUGAAAUUAACUUUCCAGGCCUUAAUUUUGACUCUCUAACAACAUCAGCACAUAUAACAUGUGUGACAUUGUUGUUUGUGUAACAAUCUGU